AUGCUUAAACCGAAAGCGAUCACCCGUGUUCUUGAACAAGCAACUACCGGCGGUGUUAAAGCAACGCUUCUUUUGAAUUCAGAAGGCUCUCCUCUGGCUUUUAAAUCCGACUUGGAUAGUGAGGCUAGAGUUUACGCGGCCAUAUCGUCAAAUAUUUGGAAUACUUUCGAAAAGAAUGGUAAAAAUUUGUUGAGGGACGAUGGAUUAAAGUUUCUGUUACUAGAAUGCGAGGAAGGAAAUGUUGCAAUGACAACUGUUAAGAAUAUGCUUUUGUGUCUUGUCGCAAAACCCGAGGUGGAACUGGGAAUACUAAAAUUAAAGAUUGAUGCUUUGAAAAGGCAUCUCGACGAGCAAUUUCAAAAAGUGGCCGAAUACGUAUAA